CUCCUCGCUCCUCCCGGGCUCUCGGCAGUUUUGGGGAAGCGCGCGGGCGCCCGCACCAAGCGAGCCGCACGGCCGGGGGCGGGGGCCGGACCGCGCGCGGCGACUCGCGCCGCCUCGGGCCCGCGAUGGCGGGGGCCUGGCUCAGGUGGGGGCUCCUGCUCUGGGCAGGGCUGCUGGCCUCGUCGGCGCACGGCCGGGUGCGGAGGAUCACGUACGUGGUGCGCCCGGGCCCCGGCCUGGCGGCGGGCGCUUUAUCCCUGGGCGGGCCCCCGCGCCCGCGGACCUUCAACGUCGCGCUCAACGCCAGGUACAGCCGCGGCUCGGCGGGCGCCGGCGCCCCCAGUCGCGCCGCCCUCGACGCGCCCCCGGAGCGGCCCCGGCGCACCGGCAAGCCCGGAGGCGCGGCCCUGCAGGGGCUCCGGCCGCCGCCGCCACCGCUGCCACCGGAGCCGGCGCGUCCCGGGGGCCCCGGCGGGCCGCUCUACCCCCAGACCGGCGGUCACCCGGCGGCCACCCCGCUCGCCAGACAAGGCCGGCCGGCUGCGCGCGCCAAAGUGCAGCGGGAGACUCCGAGCGGCGGGGGCUCCAGGCUGCAGGUUCACCAGAAGCAGCAGCUGCAGGGGGUCAACGUCUGUGGAGGGCAGUGCUGCCACGGCUGGAGCAAGGCCCCUGGCUCCCAGAGGUGCACCAAACCAAGCUGUGUUCCGCCAUGCCAGAAUGGAGGGAUGUGUCUCCGGCCUCAGCUCUGCGUGUGUAAACCAGGGACGAAGGGCAGAGCCUGUGAGACCACAGCCGCCCAGGACACCUCGUCUGCUGCAGUCGCUGGAGGACAGAGUCCUGGGGCUGCAUCCUCCUGGGUUCUUCCUGAGCAAGCAACAAAGCGCACUGCAUCCAAGAAGGCAGAUUCUCUACCAAGAGUCAGUCCCCUGGCCCAGAUGACACUGACCCUCAAGCCAAAGCCUUCAGUAGGAAUCUCCCAGCAGAUAUAUUCCCAAGUGACGCCCCUUUCCUCACAGAAUGUGAUGAUUCAUCAUGGCCAGACCCAGGAAUAUGUGAUCAAGCCCAAGUACUUUUCGUCUCAGAAGGUGAUUUCAGGGGAGCAAUCCACCGAAGGCUCAUUUGCAGCACCUUUUCAGUUGAGUAACCACACUGGCCGCAUCAAGGUGGUCUUCACCCCGAGCAUCUGUAAAGUGACCUGCACGAAGGGCAGCUGUCAGAACAGCUGUGAGAAGGGGAACACUACCACUCUCAUCAGUGAGAACGGCCACGCUGCCGACACCCUGACGGCCACCAACUUCCGAGUGGUAAUUUGCCAUCUUCCGUGCAUGAAUGGUGGCCAGUGCAGUUCAAGGGACAAAUGCCAGUGUCCCCCAAAUUUCACAGGGAAGCUUUGUCAGAUUCCGAUCCAAGGUGCCAGUGGGCCUAAGCUUUAUCAGCAUUCCCAACAGUCAGGCAAGACAUUGGGAACUGUUCACUCCACACAUACUUUGCCUUUGACCAUGACUAAUCAGCAAGGAGUCAAUGUGAAAUUUCCUCCAAAUAUAGUAAAUAUCCAUGUGAAGCAUCCCCCUGAGGCUUCUGUCCAGAUACACCAGGUUUCAAGAAUUGAUGGCCCGACAGGCCAGAAGGUAAAAGACGCUCAACCAGGCCCACGGCAGGGCUCUCAGCAAGGGCCUCCCGUCCAGAAGACCCAGACUGCACAUUCCACCUCCUCCCAGCAGCAGGUUGUUCCGCAGGUCUACCCCGUAGCUGCGAAGACGCAGCUUGGCCGGUGCUUCCAGGAAACCAUCGGGUCACAGUGUGGCAAAGCGCUCCCGGGCCUUUCCAAGCAAGAAGACUGCUGUGCAACCGUGGGCACCUCCUGGGGCUUUAACAAGUGCCAGAAAUGCCCCAAGAAGCCACUGUAUCAUGGAUAUAACCAAAUGACGGAAUGUCUGCAAGGUUAUAAGCGGGUUAACAACACUUUUUGUCAAGAUAUUAAUGAAUGUCAGCUACAAGGUGUGUGCCCCAAUGGUGAGUGUUUGAACACCAUGGGCAGCUAUAGAUGCACCUGCAAAAUGGGAUUUGGACCGGAUCCUACCUUUUCAAGUUGCGUUCCGGACACGCCCGUGGUCUCUGAGGAGAAAGGGCCCUGUUACCGCCUUGUCAGUUCCGGAAGGCAAUGCAUGCACCCUCUGUCUGUUCACCUCACCAAGCAGCUCUGCUGUUGUAGCGUGGGCAAGGCCUGGGGCCCCCACUGUGAGAAAUGCCCCCUUCCAGGCACAGCUGCUUUUAAGGAAAUCUGUCCUGGUGGAAUGGGUUAUACAGUUUCUGGCGUUCAUAGACGCAGGCCAGUCCAUCACCAUGUAGGUAAAGGACCUGUAUUUGUCAAGCCAAAGAACACUCAACCUGUUGCUAAAAGUACUCAUCCUCCACCUCUCCCAGCCAAGGAAGAGCCGGUGGAGGCCCUGACCUUCUCCCGGGAUCACGGGCCGGGUGUGGCGGAGCCAGAAGUGGCAACUGCACCCACUGAGAAGGAAAUAGCUUCAUUGGAUCAAGAGAAAACCAAACUUGAGCCUGGUCAACCCCAGCUCUCUCCAGGUGUUUCAACUAUUCACCUGCAUCCACAGUUUCCAGUAGUGAUUGAAAAAACAUCACCUCCUAUGCCUGUAGAAGUAGCUCCUGAAGCUUCUACAUCAAGUGCCAGCCAAGUGAUUGCACCUACUCAAGUAACUGAAAUCAAUGAAUGUACCGUGAACCCUGAUAUCUGUGGAGCGGGACACUGUGUUAACCUGCCGGUGGGGUACACCUGCAUAUGCUACGAGGGUUACAAGUUCAGUGAGCAACAGAGAAAAUGUGUUGACAUCGAUGAGUGUACUCAGGUUCAACACCUGUGCUCCCAGGGACGCUGUGAAAACACCGAGGGGAGCUUCUUGUGCAUUUGCCCAGCAGGCUUUAUGGCCAGUGAGGAGGGUACUAACUGCAUAGAUGUCGACGAGUGCCUGCGGCCGGCCGUGUGUGGGGAGGGGCACUGCGUCAACACCGUGGGGGCCUUCCGGUGCGAGUACUGCGACAGUGGGUUCCGCAUGACCCGGAGAGGCCACUGUGAGGAUAUUGAUGAGUGUUUGACUCCAAGUACUUGUCCAGGUGAGCAGUGCGUGAAUUCUCCUGGCUCUUACCAAUGUGUUCCCUGCACAGAAGGGUUCCGAGGCUGGAAUGGACAGUGCCUUGAUGUGGACGAGUGCCUGGAACCAGACGUCUGCUCAAAUGGUACUUGUUCCAACCUUGAAGGCUCUUACAUGUGUUUGUGCCACAGGGGUUAUAACCCGACUCCCGACCGCAAGCACUGUAGAGAUAUUGAUGAAUGUCAACAAGGGAAUCUCUGCAUAAAUGGGCAGUGCAGAAACACCGAGGGCUCCUUCAGGUGUUCCUGUGGGCAGGGGUUUCAGCUGUCAGAGGCUCGAGACCAGUGUGAAGAUAUCAAUGAAUGCCAACACCGUCAUCUCUGCAGUAAUGGACAGUGCAGGAACACAGAGGGCUCCUUCCAGUGUGUGUGUGACCAGGGUUUCAGAGCAUCUGCCCUUGGAGACCACUGUGAAGAUAUAAAUGAAUGCUUGGAGGACAAUAGUAUUUGCCAGGGAGGAAAUUGCAUUAAUACUGAAGGGUCUUUUGAUUGUACCUGUCCAGACGGAUUCCUGCUAAAUGACAAUAAAGGAUGUCAAGAUAUCAACGAAUGUGAACAGCCGGGGCUCUGCGGGUCUCACGGAGAGUGUCUAAACACGGACGGCUCUUUUCACUGUGCUUGCCAGCAGGGUUUCUCCAUCUCUGCAGACGGCCGGACAUGUGAAGAUAUUGAUGAAUGUGUAAACAACACUGUUUGUGACAGUCACGGGUUUUGUGACAAUACAGCCGGCUCCUUCCGCUGCCUCUGUUAUCAGGGCUUUCAAGCCCCACAGGAUGGGCAAGGGUGUGUGGAUGUGAACGAAUGCGAGCUGCUCAGUGGCGUGUGUGGUGAAGCCUCCUGUGAAAACGUAGAGGGGUCCUUCCUGUGUGUGUGUGCAGACGACACCCAGGAGUACAGCCCCAUGACUGGGCAGUGCCGUUCCCGGGCCUCCGGAGAGAUAGAUGUAGAUCAACCCAGAGAAGAAAAGAAAGAAUGCUACUAUAAUCUGAAUGACGCCAGUCUCUGCGACAAUGUGCUGGCUCCCAACGUCACCAAGCAGGAAUGCUGCUGCACCUCAGGCGCUGGGUGGGGUGAUAACUGCGAGAUCUUCCCCUGCCCUGUCUUGGGGACAGCUGAAUUCACUGAAAUGUGUCCUGAAGGGAAAGGUUUUGUCCCCACUGGAGAAUCCUCUUAUCAUGUUGGUGGCCAGAAGUAUAAAGAUGCAGAUGAAUGCCUACUCUUUGGACAAGAAAUCUGCAAAAAUGGGUUCUGUUUGAACACUCAGCCUGGGUAUGAAUGCUACUGUAAGCAAGGGACAUAUUAUGACCCUGUUAAGUUGCAAUGCUUUGAUAUGGAUGAAUGUCAGGACCCCAACAGUUGUAUUGAUGGCCAGUGUGUUAAUACAGAAGGCUCUUAUAACUGCUUCUGCACUCAUCCAAUGGUCCUGGAUGCUUCAGAAAAAAAAUGUAUCCGACCAACUGAAUCAAAUGAACAAAUUGAAGAAACCGAUGUCUACCAGGAUCUGUGCUGGGAACAUCUGAGUGAGGAGUAUGUGUGCAGCCGACCUCUUGUUGGCAAGCAGACCACCUACACCGAGUGCUGCUGUCUGUACGGCGAGGCCUGGGGCAUGCAGUGUGCCCUCUGCCCCAUGAAGGAUUCAGAUGACUAUGCCCAGCUGUGUAAUAUUCCCGUUACGGGUCGCCGACAGCCAUAUGGACGGGACGCUUUGGUUGAUUUUAGUGAGCGGUACACUCCAGAAGCGGAUCCCUACUUCAUUCAGGACCGCUUUUUAAACAGCUUCGAGGAGUUGCAGGCUGAGGAGUGUGGCAUCCUCAAUGGAUGCGAGAACGGCCGCUGCGUAAGGGUGCAGGAAGGUUACACUUGCGAUUGCUUUGAUGGGUAUCACCUGGAUAUGGCCAAGAUGACUUGUGUUGAUGUGAACGAAUGCGAUGAGCUUAACAACCGGAUGUCUCUCUGCAAGAACGCGAAGUGCAUUAACACCGAAGGUUCCUACAGGUGUUUGUGUCUGCCAGGCUACGUUCCUUCUGACAAGCCAAACUACUGUACCCCCCUGAACACCACCUUGAAUUUAGAGAAGGACAGUGACCUGGAGUGAAAGAGGAUCUACAUCACCUAAGCCCAUAUACUCUGCACUGGGUAAAGGAAAAGGGAGAAAUAAAUGUAUUAUACUUGAGACAUUGCACCUAAACCCGGAAUGUUGGAGAUGCGGAGCCAGCAUGGAGUUGUGCAUCCUUAGAAGAGAAUGAGAAGAUUUAGUAGGAGCCUGGCUGGCGUGACAGACCAAAUGGACAUUUCUCUGAGAAACCAGUAUAUAUAGUCUGUUCAUAUGUAAAAUUCAGUGGAAAAGAGGUGGAGCAGUGCUGUUAUUUUAAACGAAGGUUGUAUUAUUGUGUUGUUUUGGUUUGUUUACUAUUGCUUGAUCAAAUUUGGCUUUUAAAUAGGGGUGGAAAUAUUUUAUAUAAUUUUCAUUUUUUGGUUGUGCAGUUCCUUGGCUACUGUUUUUUUUUUGUUUCCUUCAGAAUUUUUAAUCUCAAGUGCAAAGUCUUUGAUAAGAUAUUGUUAAACUGUAUUAUAAUUAUUUGUUACACAGGGUUAUGCUAUUUCUAGUCUGGAACAUUUUUAAAAUUCUAAUUGUCUGUCCUGUGGAGUAGGCAGUGAUUUUGUUCCAGAAGUUUUAUACACAUUUGGAGAAAAGUACUUUAUAUUUACAGUGUAUUGUCUAAAUUCAGUGUCCAUUCUCAGCCAAGAUGCUAGCAGCCCUCAAUUGGAUCCCUUUCCAACUUUGAAAUGGAAGAACUAACGAGCUUACAUGAGUAUUGUAAUGUGUAAAGUAAACCCAGCAAAAAUUCUUUUAAAACUUGAUGGUCCCCAAUAUAUUUACCAUUGUAUGUUAAGACAAAAUAAAUCACCAUUUUUUUAGAAAAAAA